AUUUCUCCUCUCCCACUCGAAACAUCGAAAGAAGGACACAAAAAUCUGAUGCUUCUCUCUGUCUGAAUCUCGUUUAGAAUUUGGCUUCGUGGUUCAUGUCUGGUUUGAUACAAUGGCUUCUGUACCAUGUUCCUUCAAGCUCUCUGUUCAUCCCAGAUUUUCUUACAAGCGUGAUGGAAACUAUAAACAGUGUAGUUUAGUGGAGAGACUGAGAGAAACGAAGAGUCAAGUUCCCCAGUCCAUUACUUGCAUCAACCGCUUGGAGAUAUCGCGUUUAGCGCCAUUACACGCAACGAUGAAUAGCCCCAGAGGCUUUGGACCUCCUCCUAAGAAAUCCAAGAAGGCUAAAAAGCAGAAAACCGGAAAUCAAAGUGAUGAUGAAGAGGACGACGGAGAAGACGAAGAUGAUGAUGAAGAAGAUGAACGUGAGAGAGGUGUGAUUCCAGAGAUAGUGACCAACAGAAUGAUAAGCAGAAUGGGAUUCACUGUGGGGUUACCACUCUUCGUUGGUCUUCUCUUCUUCCCAUUCUUUUACUAUCUCAAAGUCGGUUUGAAGAUUGAUGUGCCCACAUGGGUUCCCUUUAUUGUUUCGUUCGUCUUCUUCGGUACUGCAUUAGCUGGUGUGAGCUAUGGGAUCGUGUCGUCGAGCUGGGAUCCGUUAAGAGAAGGCUCCUUGUUAGGCUGGAACGAAGCUAAGAAGAACUGGCCUGUCUUUUGGCAAUCCUUUUGGAAUUCCUCAAACAAGAAAUAGACAUAGCACAGUAAGCUCUUUGGCCUUGACUAAAAGCUUCAAGGGUUUUGAGAUUUAUUAUAAUCUGAUGUAAAUUUAGCAGAAAUGUGUUUUUUGGGAUUUUCUAUGAGAGGGUUAUGAAUGUGUCUCUCUGCAUUUUUUCA